UGUCUCUCUGAUCUCUCCCUCUUCUCUCCUUCUCCCCUCCCUCGAUCGGGGUUGUGGUGGAAAGAUCGAAUUAAGGGCUUCCUUCAUAAACACAUACAAUAGAAUAGAAUGGUAGGGAGCAGAGGAAGGGGGAAUCUGUUGGCAAGGCCAGAGGAAAACAGUCAAAGCAGUAAGGAAAACCUGUUCCAUGUCAUCCAUAAGCUUCCUUGUGGUGAUGGCCCCUAUGUCAAAGCCAAGCAUGCUCAGGUGGUGGAGAAGGACGCAGAGGCAGCGAUAGUGUGGUUUUGGAAGGCAAUAAACGCAGGAGAUAGAGUAGACAGUGCACUCAAAGACAUGGCGGUGGUGAUGAGGCAACUCGACAGGUCGGAGGAAGCCAUCGAAGCCAUCAAGUCCUUCCGGUGCCGCUGCUCCAAACAGGCUCAGGACUCCCUCGACAAUGUCCUCAUCGACUUGUACAAGAAAUGUGGGAAGGUGGAGGAGCAAAUAGAGCUGCUCAAGAGGAAGCUGAGAUUAAUAUACAUGGGGGAGGCUUUCAAUGGGAGACCCACCAAAACGGCACGCUCUCACGGCAAGAAAUUCCAGGUUUCUGUUCAGCAAGAGACUUCCAGAUUGCUGGGUAAUUUAGGCUGGGCCUAUAUGCAGAAAUCCAAUUUCAUAGCAGCGGAGGUUGUGUACAAGAAAGCUCAAAUGAUGGACCCGGAUGCCAAUAAAGCUUGCAACGUGGGCCUAUGCCUUAUGAAGCAAGCCCGCUACGAUGAGGCCCAUUCAGUUCUCCAAGAUGUGUAUCAAGGUAGACUUCCGGGCUCCGAUGACAGCAGGACUCAGAAACGGGCCAUCGAAUUGAUUUCAGAGAUAAAGUCGCGGCAGUCUCCUCCGCAAAUGAUGGACCUUGUAGGUCUGAAUCUGGACGAUGAAGAUUUCAUGAAGGGGCUUGAGCAGUUUAUGAGCACGUGGGUUGGCUCCAAGUCCAAAAGGCUUCCCAUCUUUGAAGAGAUCUCCUCAUUCAGAGACCAACUAGCAUGUUGAGCUGAUACUCCCUCCAAAUUGAUUUUCAUUGCCCUAGUUGAAAGUAUGCUGAAAUUAUUGAAAGAAAGUAAUGAAGAAAAUGAGCUUGUGGGGAGCUGUAAGUUAGAAUGUCUUUAGUUGUGGGAUGUGUGUGCAUAUGAAGAAAUAAGUUUGAGUUGUAGCACUGUGAAUAUGGUAUGGAAGUUGAACGUAUUAAGAUUGUUUCCCUCUGUUAAUACAUUAGAGCUGUCAAA